GCGGGUACAAUCCGUUGGAUUUUAAUAUUUAGGUCAGACUCUAGAUCGUGUUUUGAGUUAAGGCAAUUGCGUUUUACUGUCUUGUUUUUUGUUGUGGUUCUAAAGACUAUCAAAUUGUAUGAGCAGCAGGAUAGAUUUACUUCAACAACUGACAACAUAGUAUACAACGAAAUCCUACAACACAAACGGUACUCUUGCUGGACAGGACCGCUGGACGCAUACUACCCAAUAAAUCAGGUUGGUAUUUCAAUGGAUACUCAAUUACUGGGUGAAAACGUAGUGAUCCGAGAGACUAAGGUCUGCGCAUUCUAAGGCUGAGAUUAGCUAGGCAAGGUUGAUCAAAGAGGUGUGAAAAUUUCAUGCAGUAAGAGAGUGUGGACUUGAAGUGCAAGCUGUAGGGAUAUGGCUUUGAGGGUAGCCACACUAUGGAGUUGCUGGGACAACGGAAAAAACAUAGGACCCACAUCCGGCUUCCAUAACUUUGCUCACGCCAUUGCACAACCAAUUCCAAUGGACAGCAUCAUCUUUGGCAAUCCCAUAGCGCCAAUAAAGACCCAGAUUGCAAAUCAGGAAAGGAUUGAAGGGAACAUUGCUUACAAAUUCCAAGAUAUCACUUUCUUCAAUGGGUCUAUGGAACUAAUGGCCGUCCCUAAAAAGAAGCUUCAUCCUCUAACAACUUUCUUAACAUGACAAUUAAUUUUUAACACGCUGAAAGUACCAUACUACCAUUACAUAACCUUUUCAAAUUGCUAAAGGAGCAAUGAGACGAAAAAUGGUGCAAACCAAGAUGCAACUUGACAAGCAAUAGUCCUUCUCAGAGAUGCAUUUGGAUAUACAGUAACCGGACUCAAUUUGUUGGUUGAUGUAACAACAGGAAGGAAUCUGUUUUCCUCCACUAACACUUACAAAACUACAGUUCUACACCAACCUCAAAUCCGAAAAUCAAGUCCGGAAAGAAUCAAGUCCGCAUUUGAAGUCCGGA